UCUGCCACAACAACAACUACAACUGCAACAACAACAAUUGCCAGCCCCAGACCAGCCAUAGACUCAAUAGCCGAAAGUACAGACAUCAGACAAAAUAUAAUGGCCAACAUGGAAGAGCAACAGCAACAGCAACAGCAACAGCAUCAUCAUGUGGAGUCGGAGUCACAUCUGGCUCAAGAUGCCACGACAAUGCAGCAGCAUAAUGAGGAAACGGAAGAGCUGGAUGACAGUCACAACCAUAAUGAGCCGCACGAGCACGAGUCCUUGACGGCCAUUGAAAAUUUUGACGACAAUCAUGAAGAUGAUGAGGAGCCAGAGCCAGAGACAGAGCAGCAUCAUCACAAGGAGCGUGAAGAACUUGAAUCUUCAGAUGAUGAGGAUGGAGAGGUCCAAACGCCACCCACAAUGAGCGAUACCUUCAAUGAUGAAUGGUCCUCUCUAGAUCAGGAGCAGGCCGAAGAUGCUGGCAACGAUUUGGAUAAUAACAUUGAUGUCUAUGAGAAUUUCGUACCCAUUGAUAUAUCCAAUGACAUUGCCGUCAACGAUGCAGCAGCUGCCGAUCCCGAAACCCGGUCAAUCCCGAUGCUGAAUUUAUUGAAAUUCCCACUGAAGUUCAUCACAUGAUGCCAAAAUUUGAAAAGCUAUCAAUGGGUCCCAUGCCACCAAUUGAAAUGAAAUAAAUCUUUUGUAUUUAUGUA